AAAACACACAAAAAAUUUUAAAUAAAACAAAUAAAUUAAGAAAAUAAAUCUUAGCGGUAAUUAUAUGCUGCAACAGCAACAACAAUAAUACACGCCAACAAAGCUCAAACAGCAACAACAAAAGUAAAAUAUUUAAUUGAAAAUGUCUUUUGUAUGAUUGAAACAGAAAAACGAAAUCAAAACGAAAAAAAAGAAGAAAUAAUUUGUUGCAAAAAGGAAGUAGAAAGCAGUGAAAGCCGUUGAAACGAAGGAAGAAUCAGAAGAAGGAGGGAGUGGAGUGAAGUGAAAAGAGGUGGCACUGCUCGCUCGCUUGACAUAUAUACUACAUAUAACUACAUGUUGUAAAUGCGUCUAAACAAGACAUAUUGGCGCGCCAUUCGGCGUUAUUUUUUAGUUUUCACUGCAAUUGCAUUUUUGCCACUGGCUCUCGUGUUUCUGGUGCGUAAUGAACAAUUUUACAAACUCAAAGGUUACGAGGCCACAAAAGUCAAGGAUAAUUUUGCCGAUCAAACUUUUCGUUAUCCGGUCAUGUUGCUCGGCAAAAAUAAGGAUCUAACCAUAGCGGCUACAGGGAAUUCUAGAAAAAGAUUUUCCAAAUAUGAUAAAUACAUCAAUGAAACUCAUUUACCUCUGAUACCUGAUGAAGCCAUACAGUCUUUGUCAGAAAGUGAUAUGCUCAAGGUAGAAAAGCGUAUGGAAAGGAGACGCAAACUGUUAUCGGAGAAAUGUACAGAAUUGGGUCUAGAUGUGAUUGGCACCGAUUCAUGGCACAAGCCAAAUCCUUGGGAAUUUUUAGUCAAUAAAAAACAUCAUAUCAUAUGGUGCAAUGUAUUUAAAGCUGCCUCUUCAUCAUGGAUGUUUAAUUUUAAUGUUUUAGCUGGCUAUUCAGCGGAUUUUUUGCACAAAACAAAAGAAAUUUUAUUACAUUUAGCACGCGAACGUUAUCCUCGCGUUACGUUAGAUGAGCUACAUACCGCUCAAAAUAAUUCAAUUACAUUUUUAAUAGCACGCCAUCCAUUCGAAAGACUGUUAAGUGCUUAUCGCGAUAAAUUCGUUUAUGCGAUACCCCAUUCAUUUCACGAUAAACUGGGGCGAAAGAUUGUGCGUACUUAUCGAAAAAAGAGCCAACAACUGAAACCUCCUAAAUAUCCAUCAUUUUCGGAAUUUGUACGCUGGCUGUUGGAUCAAAUCAAACAUGGCAACCAUUUGGAUAUGCAUUUUGUGGCCUCAACACAAUUCUGUACGCCGUGUUUGAUAAAUUUCGAUAUAAUUUUAAAAUUUGAAACUCUCGAGGAGGAUCAGAUGUAUCUCAUUGAAAAGACUGGCUUAAAGCGCAUUAUCGCUCCCGAGUGGCGUAAUAUGGGCAAGGGAAAGAAUACGCUGGAAUUGUUGCAACAGUUCUAUUCGAAAUUAUCGAGAAAUGAGUUGGAUGGAUUGUAUGACUAUUAUAGAUAUGAUUUUGAAUUAUUCAACUACAGUGCAACUUCGUAUUUUAAUAUUGCAAAAGCUAAAGAACUAGAUAUACCAGAAGAAGCUGCAGCGCUAUUAGGAAGACCGCAUGCAUAAAUCUGCCUAACAUACACACAGCAUUUACAUAUGUACGUUUUUGAAUGACACCCAAGCUUAGGAAAACUAAAUAAAUCAACACGUCCCAGAUACUUGUACAUCAACACCAACAAAUCAGUUAAGAUACAAAAUAAUUUCAUCCAUAAAAGCACAGGUUGUUCUCUAACUAACGAUUUUUAUUGAUUGCAGAGUUGGAAACACAAAAACCGUUUAAGCCUAAUUAAGUAAUAACGACUAAAAUAAUUCAUAAAAAAUAUUACAAAAUGAAAAAUGCAAUUUUGAGCGUAUUUCCAGAGUAGUUUAAUUCGUUUGAAAAUGAAUUUAUUUAGUGCGUUUAAUGCAGAUUGCAAAAUGUUGAGAAUAAAAGUAUAGAAACCAUUCGAAUUGUAGUUCGAAGCAGCAACAACAAAUGAACAAAAAAGACAACUAAUUUGUACAAUAAUUUUUAAUAUGCGUCAAUAAUUGAAACAUUUGUAGAAACCUAGUAUUAAGACAAUUUAUUUAUAAAUAUCACACGCAUAGCGCUUUUUACUUUAAAUUUAAAAUAUUGAGACCCCGGACAAAAUGAAAAUAAACACGCGGACUAAAUGACAGUUACAAAUACAUUAAAUAAAAUAAUUUUAGGUAUAAAUUAUAACAAACAACCAAAAAAAAAACGAAACCAAAACAAUGAACUCGAUUCUAAUUAACUAAAUUAAUAAAUAAAUUAAUAAAAAAACAGAGCGUUUUAAGAAAAAAUUGUUUUAGAAAUAAAAUUCUUUUUUGGGAGACUCACAGUUUCAUAACCUAAAACACAUUUAGGCUAUUUUAAAAGUUUUCUAUUUCGUUUUAAGAAAUUUGAAAUUCUUAAAGUAAACUAAUAGUUUUAGGUUCAUUAUUAUAGGAUUAUCUCUCAAAAAGGACAUUAUAAUUAACAUAACUUUAGGUUUGUAACACAAUUUUGAAGCUCCAAAGAAACAGCUCUUAUAUUUUGCAUUACUUAAGUAGUCUCAAGUGUUUCACCUUAUGGCCUUUAUUUUCUUUGGAACUAUCGUGUAACUCCUCAUAUUUAUGCAUUUCUAUUUCAACUGAAUCGCUCUAUUUUUUUCUAUUGUAAAUUAAACGUUUGUUAAAGUAAUUUUAAGUAGUUGCCACAGUUUUUUUUUUUUACUUUUACAUAAAUAUUAGUACAUACCAUAAUUAGUGAAUUGUUCUUUAUAAAAACAAACAACAAAAAAAUAAACUUAUUUUUAGUAUUUAUUCAAAAAUUAGUUACAUCCAUACAAACAUACAUAAAUAUUUUGUUAAGUAUUGAAUGAAUAAAAUAAUUUAAAAAAAAACAA